AUCCUUUAGCCCAACUCCAAGCCAUUAUAUCAUACAUCUCCAUAGAAUCACCACCUUCAUACUCACCCACCCAAAUGGAUUUCUCUCAAAACACAAUUGCAAUUGGCCUCCUUUCAACAAUCUUUCUCUUCAUAAUUCUAUUCCACCACUCCAAAUCCAACAAAACCAAACAACCCCCAAUGGUUGCUGGUACUUGGCCAAUAAUUGGCCAUCUUCCCCUCUUUAGUAAAUCUCAAGCAACUCAUCAUCUUCUAGGUUCCAUGGCAGACAAAUAUGGUCCUAUUUUCACCAUCAAACUCGGCACCGCGACAACUCUAGCCAUAAACAAUUGGAAAACAGCAAAAGAAUGCUACACAACAAACGAUAUAGCUGUUGCUUAUCGUCCAAACCUCGUGGCAUUCGAACACAUGACAUAUAAUUAUGCCAUGCUUGGUUUUGCACCUUACGGUCCCUUUUGGCGCGAAAUGAGGAAGAUCGUUACACUAAAUUUUCUCUCAAAUCAUCAGAUCAAUCUAUUAACUCACAUUUGUGUCUCUGAGGUUCAAACUUCGAUUAAAGAGCUAUAUAAUUUUUGGAAAAAUAGGAAAGAUGAAAAUGGUUAUUUGUUGGUGGAGAUGAAGAAAUGGUUAAAUGAGUUGGCUUUUAAUAUAGUUCUUAGAAUGGUUGCUGGGAAAAGAUACUUUGGGGAGAGUGUGAUGGUUAAAGAGGAAGAAGCUAAUAGGUGUUUGAAUGCUUUAAGAGAUUACAUGCGUUUGACUGGUGUGUUUCCUAUUGCUGAUGCUGUUCCUUUUUUGAGGUGGUUUGAUUUUGGUGGACAUGAGAAGAAUAUGAAGCAAAAUUUUAAGGAGUUGGAUGGUGUUAUCACAGAGUGGUUGGAUGAGCACAAGAAGAAGAAGAGUGAAGGUGUUGAUAAGAGUAAAGAGGGUCAAGAUUUCAUGGAUGUGAUGCUUUCUACUAUUGAUGGAACAAACAUUCAUGGGUUUCAUUCGGAUACUGUCAUCAAAGCCACAACAAUGGCACUAGUUCUGGGAGCAACAGACACUAGCAGUGUUACACACACAUGGGCUUUGUGCCUAUUAUUGAACAAUCCUCAUACACUGGAAAAAGUUAAAGAAGAAAUUGAUCUCCACAUUGGAAAAGAGAGACUAUGCAUUCUUGAGUCAGAUAUUAACAAGUUGGUAUACCUUCAAGCAGUUGUCAAAGAAACGCUAAGACUUUAUCCAGCAUCACCUCUUUCAGGAAUACGAGAAUUUAGAGAAGAUUGCCAGAUUGGUGGCUACGAUGUAAAGAAAGGAACUCGACUAUUUACAAACUUGUGGAAGAUCCAAACUGAUCCUAGUGUUUGGCCGGAUCCAUUGGAGUUCAAACCUGAGAGAUUUCUUACAACUCAUAAAGAUGUUGAUGUUAGAGGUAAUCAUUUUGAGCUUUUACCAUUUGGAAGUGGAAGAAGGAUGUGUCCUGGAAUAUCCUUUGCCCUUCGAAGUGCUUAUUUGACACUUGCAAAUUUUCUUCACUCCUUUGAAGUUUCAAAAACCUCAAAUGAGCCAAUUGAUAUGACGGCUGUUGUGGAAACAACCAACAUCAAAGUUACUCCUCUUGAAGUUCUCAUCAAACCUCGUUUGUCUCCCAAUUAUUAUUAAUCCAUGUAAUCAAAUAUAAUUAGCAUGUUAUCAAUGCAUAAGAUUAUAGGUCGGCCUUUGUACAUGUGAAACUAUGUAAGCAAAUUUUGACCUCUUAUUUUGAAUAAAUAAGACAAGCUC